CAAGUGAGCAACCAUAACUAACAAGUUUUCACAAAAGAAGGUAGUUUUCUAACUAUAAGGAAUGAAAAGAGAGUAGCACAUUCAACAAGUUGCACAAUUUUUGUAUACACACUUUGUCCACAUGAAUAACUCCCCCAUCAACUAACUUAUCACCUUACCUGCAAUGUGGGGCCUUUAAUCUCUCUAUUUAUACCAACUGCAAAGCCACACUCUUCCAUACACACCACCUACUUCCCAAUUCAGUGUCCCACCCUGCAUUUAAGCAGAGUGACUCCAAUAUUUGCUUCAAUGCCAUCUUAUUCCAUCUUCCUCUUCAUGGCUCCUCUUUUGUACCUCAUUCUCUCUUUGAUGAUUGCUUCAAUCAGUGCUCAGGGUCCACCCUCACCAGGCUACAGCCCAAGUUCCAAAAUUAACUCCAUAACCUUUGAUCAAGGCUUUAGGAACCGCUGGGGUCCUCAGCAUCAGAAAGUAGACCAGGACACAUUAACAAUCUGGCUUGAUAGUAGCUCAGGAAGUGGGUUCAAGUCAUUACAAACAUAUCGAUCAGGGUACUUUGGUGCAGCCAUCAAGCUCCAAUCCGGUUAUACUGCAGGAGUCAUUACAUCACUCUAUCUUUCGAACAAUGAAGACUACCCUGGGAACCAUGAUGAAAUCGACAUUGAGUUCCUUGGAACUACACCAGAUAAGCCAUAUACUUUGCAGACGAAUGUAUAUGUCAAAGGAAGUGGAGAUGGAAAUAUUAUUGGAAGAGAGUUGAGGUUUCAUCUCUGGUUUGAUCCUACACAAGAUUAUCACAACUAUGCUAUAGUGUGGAAUCCUAGUGAGAUAAUUUUCCUAGUGGAUGAUGUGCCAAUUAGGAGGUAUCCAAGAAAAAGUGAUGCUACAUUUCCAUUAAGGCCAAUGUAUUUGUACGGUUCAAUUUGGGAUGCGUCACCCUGGGCAACUGAGGAUGGAAAAUACAAAGCUGAUUAUCAGUACCAACCCUUCACUGGUAAAUACACAAAUUUCAAACUAGGCGGCUGCACUGCCAAUGGACCCGCCUCAUGCCGCCCGCCCUCUGCCUCGCCAUCUAGCUCCAGCGGCCUAAGCGGACAGCAGUACUCGGCCAUGGAAUGGGUCCAGAAAAAUUAUUUGGUUUACAACUACUGUCAGGAUCCAAAAAGAGACCACACCCUUAUACCUGAGUGUUAGGGAACUAAGAAUUGGAUCUUUUUCAAAUGAAGAUGAUCCUUUUUCAAGUACUAGAGUGUUAGUGUGUGACUAAAUUAAUUUUUUAUCUUUUUAAGUAUGUUACAAUUUGUGAACACACAGUUAUUUCAAUUGUCAAAAGCUUGUUUAGGGGGGUCCUUGAGAUGGGUCCAACUUACUAAAAGAGUAGUUGAGCGUCCAAGCCCCCCAAGAUUUGCAGUGUAUUAUUGUUUAUGUUGUACUAUUGAUUUGGUUGUAUUAUUGUUGGAAUAAAUUAUUUAGUGAUGAGUGCUUUAUAAAGAAAUAUAUAGAUAUGUUUGACUUGA